UGCCGAGCUACAACCGCCUUCCGACUCUCGUUUUCCGCCGGCGAACAAAAGAACUCCUUCUCCGCCUCCGCCCCGUGUCGCAUCACCGGUAUAGCUCGCGCUUGUCGCUGCGGGGGUUUGGCCCAGCCGCCUAUUAACUUGGCCAUAACCCAAAAGGCUGGGGAAGAAAGGGUGAAAGUGAGGGUGAAAGUUCCUGUCAUUUUGUUUUAAUGCCCAGUGUGGCCCUUUCUGCCUCCUACCUCCCAACUCCCCCUCCAAUAGUAGCAGUCUCCACUCACUUUUGCCUCCUGGGCCAUAGGCAUGCCCUACUUUAUUAUAACUUUAUUACUCCCUUUAUAGGUCGCCUGUGCCACUUAACUCUCACAGGUAGUGAUGUGAGAGACGCUCGAAGAAGGGAAUUUAAAUGAAGAAAUAGCCAUGGCUCGUGGUCCCAAGAAGCACCUGAAGCGUGUAGUGGCUCCAAAGCAUUGGAUGCUGGAUAAAUUGACCGGUGUGUUUGCUCCUCGUCCAUCCACUGGUCCCCACAAGCUGAGGGAAUGUCUCCCUCUCAUCAUCUUCCUAAGGAACAGACUUAAGUGUGCUCUAACAGGAGAUGAAGUAAAGAAGAUCUGCAUGCAGCGGUUCAUUAAGGUUGAUGGUAAGGUCCGAACUGAUGUAACCUACCCUGCUGGUUUUAUGGACAUCAUCAGCAUCGACAAGACCGGAGAGAACUUCCGUCUGAUCUAUGACACCAAGGGUCGCUUUGCUGUUCAUCGUAUUACACCAGAGGAGGCCAAGUACAAGUUGUGCAAAGUGAGAAAGAUCUUUGUGGGCACAAAAGGAAUCCUACAUCUGGUGACCCAUGAUGCUCGCACCAUCCGCUACCCUGAUCCCCUCAUCAAGGUGAAUGACACCAUUCAGAUUGAUUUGGAGACUGGCAAAAUUACUGAUUUCAUCAAGUUUGACACUGGUAACCUGUGCAUGGUAACCGGAGGUGCUAACCUGGGAAGAAUUGGUGUGAUCACCAACAGAGAGAGGCACCCUGGUUCUUUUGAAGUAGUUCAUGUGAAAGAUACCAAUGGCAACAGUUUUGCCACCCGGUUCUCCAACAUUUUUGUUAUUGGCAAAGGCAACAAACCAUGGAUAUCUCUUCCCCAUGGAAAGGGUAUCCGCCUCACCAUUGCUGAAGAGAGAGCUAAGAGACUGGCAGCCAAACAGAGCAAUGGGUGAAAUGAAAUAUCUCUAGGUGACAUGACUGGAAGAGUCUUUUUAUUUAACUAAGAUAAUAUAGCAUGAAAAAAAUUAAAUUAAAAUUUUUAUUUUGAGAUAACUAGAUUCAUAUGUAAUCAUAAAAAAUAGCACAUUAGAGACCCUGUGUAUCUUUUACUCAGUUUUCCCCAAUAACAGUUUGCAAAACUGUAGUACAGCAUCACAGCCAGGAUUGAUGGCUACAGUAAAGACAUAGAAUUUCCAUCACCACAAAUAUCCUUUAUGUUGCACCAUUUUGCCCUUCUAGAAGCAAUGUAUGAGGGUUCCAAUUUCUCCAUAGCCUCACCAACACUUGUUAUUUUCCAUUUAAGAAAUUAUAGUCAUCCUAGCAGGUAUGAAGUAGCAACUCGUGGUUUUGAUUUGCAUCUUCCUGAUUGUUGGUGGUGAGCAUCUGUUAAUAUGCUUCUUGACCAUUUCUCUUGCUUCUUUGGAUAAAUAACAAUCCAAACCCUCAUUUGCUUAUUUUAAAUUGUGUCAUUAAUGUUUUUG